GUCACUUUUCUACUAAUCAAAAAAAGCAAGAAGGUAUCUGCAGCUGCCGAUGUGUUCUUGUGGAGGAACAAAAAGAUAUCUAUAAGAUUUCUUGGUGGGGUCACGACUAUCUGGGUUCUCUUUGAGGUAGUAGAAUACCAUUUGCUUACCUUGCUCUGUCAAGGUUUGAUUAUUGCUCUGGCUGGAUUGUUUUUGUGGAGCAAUAAUAGCACCUUCAUUCACAAAUCUGCACCGCACAUUCUGAAAGUUCACAUCCCUGAGAAACUUGUAUUGGAAUUCGCCUCUGCUCUUAGGAAUGAGGUCAAUCGCGCCUUAGCAGUUCUGAGGGAAAUAGCAGCUCGAAAGGAUCUAAAGAUAUUCUUUAUGGUCAUUGUUGGCUUGUGGAUCGCGUCAAUCUUGGGUGGUUGCUGUGAUUUCUUGACCUUGUUCUAUAGUGUUGUUUCUAGACUAAACAGAGGUCAUGCUACAAGUGAAGAUGAUUUGAAGAAGCAGAUGAGGCUUCCAAGAAGCUAGAAUCUUGUACAGGAGCCGUAGAUAUCGCAGCUGAUCUUGAUAAACUUCGAGGGAGGUGUAAAUUGAUUUACAAUAGUGCAUUCUAAUCUCGUACUCUUGGUGAAAGUCGUACUCUUGCCCAGCCAAGUAAUGCGGCUAGUGAACCCAUUUCGCCCAUGGAUGCAAGGAGACCACGUGAUGAUAGUGAUCCUAAUGACAGUUGUUGAUUUUGUUGCAAAUUGUCUUGGAUAUUCAAUUAUGACAAUGUAAUUGUGUGGUUGAAGGGAAUCUUAGAAUAUUGAAGGUUUUGUGUUUAAAUUUGAUUUUGGAGUUUUAAGAUACUAGUUAAUGUUGAAAAUUUGGAGUUUGAAGAUGCUAAU